AUUACUUGGAUUGUAAAAUUUCAGUAUAUCAAAAAUUUUAAAAAUUCUCAGUGAUUAGCUAUUCAGUAAAAAUGGUUUUCGUAUGUACCACUACAAGCUUAAAUAACAAGACAGAUUUAACGGAAGAACCAGCUUGCUUUCCAUGUUGUAAACCAUGUAUUUUCCCUGGAUCCGAACUAAAACAAAGUGAUAAUUUUCCUGAGUUUUUGGUGUGUUUCCGAGAUCGUCAAAAAAAAGACUACUUGUCUAAAUCAUCAAAACGUAAAGAGGGGAAACGACACACUGGCAGAGUAAAAAAAUCCAAAUCUAGAGAACUGAGGGCGGGAAUUUUGUACUCCGGAUGUGCAUGCGAAAAACGAGACGGGCUGCAGGAUAAUUGUCCUCGGACUCUGUGCCACGGUUCUCCAGAAUGUCUAACCAAACCACCUAUCUGUGCUCCGAGUGAAUUUUGCGAUGGAAAACAUUUAACAAAACGCAAGGUCGAUAGCGAAACUAAAAAAAUGGAAGGCAACUUUCACUUUCCUAACUACAACUGCUUCGCUGCCACAAUCCAGGCUCCCUUUUGCUAUGUUUAUCAUGGAAUUUAGAAACGUUUGGUAAACGCGCCAAGAAAACGCGCAAAAGUGCAGUGAAGUGCAAAAAACCGUGCAAACUUUGGUCUCUAUGGAGGUUUGGGUUGAGUAUUGAAACAUUUACGUCAUCUCUGUACUGUGGUCUGCACGAUUGAAAAAAAUAAAAUGAUU